UAACCCUCCUGUUAUGUUGCGGGUCAAAUUGACCCGUUUUAAAGUUUGAAGAUCUAGGAAAAAUAGUUAAAAGUAUUUUUUUAGUAUGAAACUUCUUCUGCUUGCCUUAAAUAGUGUAAUCAACAUAUAAUUUGAAAAUGGUUCAUUUCACAUUUUUGCAACCACCCCCUGCAUGUUUAUAUCACAUAGAUACUGUUCGGGUCAAUUUGACCCAGCAGUCAAACUGGAGGUAAAAGGGGGUCAGAAAUGUCAGACUAUUUCUUUCUUUGCAACUGUGAGACAUGUUUCACCACAAUCACACACACACACACACACACACACACACACACACACACACACACACACAGUGGAUGAAAGACUGGUGGCAUUCAGAGGUCACUGCCCAUUUAGGCAAUACAUGCCUUCCAAACCAGCUAAAUAUGGGAUAAAAAUCAGGGCAGCAUGUGUUGCAAACACCAGCUAUGCAUUGAGCAUGCAGGUUUACACUGGAAAGCCGGUUGGAGGAGCCCCAGAGAAGAAUCAGGGCACAAGGGUAGUGCUCGACAUGGCACAGGGUCUCAGGGGACAGAACAUAACCUGUGACAAUUUUUUCACAAACUACAACUUGGGUCAGGAUCUUCUAAAGAGAAAGCUCACAAUGGUCGGAACUUUGUCUAGGUUAGACAACCUAGACAAAGUGACAAGUUCCUACAGCACCGAACGGAUGACUGCGCACUGGCCAUUGGUCAUCUUUUAUAACAUGAUCGAUGCAUUAGCCUACAAUGCAUUUAUCAUCUGGAUGGAGAUAUUUCCUGACUGGAAUGUGUCAAAGCUGUACAAGAGGCGCAUCUUUCUCGAGGAGCUGGGGAAGGAGCUUGUGACACCGCACAUCCAAUGGAGGCAGCACCUGCCAAGGACCACAGCCGCUGCAGCCACGGUGAGGGAGAUCCAGGAGAGGACGGCAUCAAGUACACCAAUACGUGAGGUUGCUGCUGAGGGGAAAAGAAAGAGGAAGAGGAGCCAGGUCUGCAGGCCAUCUGACGAUGUCAAGACAAGCAUGACCUGCGUGAAAUGUGCAAAAUUCAUUUGCACAAAGCACAGUGUGAUGACAUGUCACUCCUGUGCUGUGUAGAUGUACAGACAGGCAGACAGACAGAAAGACACACACGCA